AUGCUAACUAUGUUAAUUGUCGUCCGAAUUCGAUUCCAUUCCCAGCCUCCGUAUAGUCCAUCCUCAAUGAACGGCUAAAUGCAGUCUUUGGUUUGGUCCCGUCGUCCCCAACGCCCCGGCUGGCAUUCCUCCCCCUCAUUCGUCCCUACCUAGGCAGCAUCCUGACUCCAGCUCAUCCUCGACUUUCGGUGAAAGAUCGACAGCCAGCACCACCAGCCAGAAACGCCGUCGCAAGGCACCGAUCCCGGCACCGAAAGUCCCUCGAGGCUUGUUUGAGCGGAAGACUAAACGCUCCGUCCCCUCAGCUGAUGUCCAAAGACACCGCGCGGUCGACCAAACCUUGUACAUUCAAAGACUCGACUACUGUGAUAAGAACAACAUCCGCUCGUGUGAUUAA